UUUCGAUCUAGAGAUCUCGUUCUUAACAAGGUUUUUAGAUAAAAUCCCAAGAGUUACAUAUCAUCAACGUUCGUUUGUAUAACAAUGUUAGCUAGUUAGGCCACAAUUUCUUUGAGGGGCAUUUUCAUUGCAUCUUCUGCUACAUAAAGUUUCAUCCCUCAAUUACCUUUUCUAUCAGUAGCUAAUCGUUUACUAUGUUGAUAAUUCUUCUCCUGCUUUAAUUACCUUCCAUAUAUUUCCAUUUCUCAGUGCUCCUUUGUUUAACAAUGAUAGCCAGUCAAGCCAUGAUUUGUUCUUCAUGGCAAUAACCUUCCAUGGCAGUAGCUAAUCGGCAAGAAUGUUGAUAAUUCCUUUGCUACUUCAGUUGCCUUCAGUAUAUUUCCAUUUCUUAAUGCUCCUUUGUUUGAUAAUAUUGGCCACUUAGGCCCUGAUUUGUUCUUAAGCUUCAUUUUUUCUUCCUGCAACAUAAAGUUUCAUCUUAUAAUCUGCUUGAUCUCUUAACUUCUCAUGAACAGAACAGUUGUUAAGAACUUGAGCUGAGAAGUUAAAAGUGAUAGCUCUCCACUCAAGAGUGCGGAUAAGACAAAAAGAGUUCACCUCGACAGGAGCAGCACGUCGAAAAGGUAUGUGACGGACAUCCAUACGGCGCCGUUUAGGACGAUGUAAACAUCCUGUCCGGAGUCUAAACCGUUGCCGCCGCAUUAGAAAUCAAAGCUCCAAAUCAGAGAAACACAGGCGAAAAAAAAAGAACAAAGAAAAAACGAGAACGGAGCCAUUGAUUCUAAUGGAGCUUCAUCGCAAGGCCAAAAUCGCUUUAGUUGUAGCGUCUCUUGCAGCGCUAACAAUCUACUUUACGGCCAGACGGCGCCGGAAGCAGAGGAGCGUUCGUAGUUCGUGUUAUUUGCGAGAUGAUCAAAAGCCUCAGUACGCAUUUAAACGCGUCUUGGCUGACAAUUCUUAUUCUGCGUUCAAGCAUUUGAAGCUCGAUAUGAAUACAGACAAUGAUGUAAACUCUUAUCCCUACGAAUCAGAAAUACUAUCGUUGUUGGAAAAUUCUUCGUCAGAAUUUGAUUUUAUUAGUAGUGAAAGAAACGAUUUUACUUUGAGUGACACUUAUAUCUGGGUUGAGACCGCUUCUCAAUUGGAAGAACUCGUGGAUGUGUUGAAUAAAGAAACGGUGUUUGCUGUUGAUACCGAGCAGCACAGUCUAAGAUCUUUUCUAGGCUUCACUGCUUUAGUACAGAUUUCUACAGACAAGGAAGAUUAUUUGGUUGACACUAUAGCUCUACAUGAUUCGAUGAGUCUUCUACGUCCCGUCUUUGCCAAUAGUCAUAUUUGCAAGGUGUUUCAUGGUGCUGAUAAUGACAUUCUCUGGCUACAAAGGGACUUCCACAUAUAUGUAGUCAAUUUAUUUGACACUGCGAAGGCCUGUGAAGUGCUGUCAAAACCUCAGAAGUCACUAGCCUACUUACUUGAAACUUAUUGUGGGGUAGCUACGAACAAAAUGUUGCAGCGAGAAGAUUGGAGACAAAGACCCCUAUCAGAAGAAAUGGUGCGGUAUGCUAGGACAGAUGCCCACUACCUCCUACAUAUUGCAAACUGUUUACUUUCUGAGCUGAAACAGGUUAAUGAAAACUCUUCCACCGAUGGUAAAUUCAAUUUUCUUCUUGAGGCUAGUCGGCGUUCAAACAUGAUUUGUUUGCAACUUUACACAAAAGAGACUGAAGGUUCUCCUGGAGAGUCUGCUGCAUCAUCAAUAUGUUACCGUCAUCUAAACAGUCAAUUAAAUUCCUUUAAAACUCAAUUUCAGGAUCAUGUGAGGAGAUUAUGUGCUUGGCGAGACUUAAUGGCUCGAGUUCAUGAUGAGAGCCUGAGAUAUGUGUUGUCAGAUCAGGCUAUUGUAGCUCUUGCUACUCAAAUGUCAAAAAAUACGAGGGAGUUAUAUGCAACUAUUGCACAAGCUGAUUUGAAUGUGGAUUUGAGCCCGAGUCUGCUUCUUCCAGGUCCCUCCCCUGUUGUUUGUAGCCAUUUGGAUGAUCUCCACUGUCUUCUCCGUGAAAAGUCUGGUGACCUGGAUAAUAUCUUUUUGGGGAUUUUACAAAACUGCAUAGGUUCUAAUGGCAGUUGUCCCCUUUCUAUUUUUAAUUAUGCGCUGUUGGUCAAGUAUAAUCUAAAAAUGAUGACAAUAUCUAAGAAAAAUGAUAGAAGAAACGCAAAGAAAAUGUCUAAGAAAGCUUCUAGAGAGCUUUUUGUGCAGAAGUUCUCCUGCAAAUCUCCAGUUUAUCAUAAUUGUAGGAUUUAUGCAAAUGAUGGGCGCUUGCUUUGCUACUGUGAUCGGCGAAAACUUGAAUGGUAUUUGCGGCGAGAGUUGGCAGAGCUUGUUGAUGAUGAUCCUCCUGCCAUAAAGAUUCUUUUUGAACCUAAAGGCCGUCCAGAAGAUGAGGGCAAUGACUUCUAUAUCCAGAGCAAAAAGAAUAUAUGUGUUGGCUGCGGUGAAGGAAACCACUAUUUACGUUAUCGAAUAAUCCCCUCAUGCUACAGAAUACACUUUCCUGAGCAUUUAAAAAGUCAUCGUUCCCAUGAUAUUGUCUUACUUUGUGUGGAUUGUCAUGAAGUUGCCCAUGCUGCUGCUGAGAAGCACAAGAGAGAUCUUGCUGCAGAAUUUGGAAUUCCACUUUUCGUUCGUAGGGUGGUUGAUACCAAGGAGGCCUUUGAUUUAGUUGAGUCAUCUGACUCGGCCACCAACUUUCAGGAGGAAGGUGUGUCACCUUUAGAAUUAAGAACAGCUGCUAUGGCCCUGUUGCGGCAUGGACCAAGGAUGCCACCAAAACGUCAAGAGGAACUCAUGCUUGUUGUUAUGAGAUACUAUGGGCGGAGGGAGAUAUCUGAAGAAGAUUUGGAAAAGGCUCUGCUUGUUGGCAUGAGCCCUCAUGAGAGAAGACGACUUCAGAAGAAAAAGGGUAUAGCUUUGAAACAUUCAGGACAGCAUAUUUUUCCAGAUGCUGAGCAUCAGAAUGGUGCUUGUAGCAUUGACUCAUCGACUAUGACUAACUCAUCCAUUGAUGCAGAUGCAGAUCCAGAUGUUAACAAUCACUUGAACUCAGAUAAUGGUACCGUGCCCGAAACAUGUUUGCCUUGUGGAGAGGUCAAAGUUUCUGAUAACGGCUCCGCCAUAACUGCUCAACCUAAAUUCAAUCCUAAAUUGUCACUCUUGGGACAUGGACCACAUGGUAAACAAGUAGUGGAUCAUCUACUUGCAGAAUAUGGCGAGGAUGGCAUCCGACAGUUUUGUCAAAGGUGGAGACAAGUGUUUGUUGCUGCUAUUCAACCUCGUUUCUUACCCGCUGGUUGGGAUGUCAACCACAGUGGUAAAAGGGACUUCGGCGAAUUCAGUGUGUACAAUUCUAUAAAGCAACUUUCCCCUACUAUUGAGUAGGACAAUUUGAAGCACUGCAAAAUUCUCAUGUUGCAUGUAAUGCCAGCAUCACAUUCUAUGCUAGGAAUUAGCAGAUUAUCUUCUCGUCAUUCCCACAAGUAAAAUCUCUCCAUUUGAAUGGUGCACGUUAUGUUUCUGUUAUUUUUUUAAUGUCUCUGCACUGAGGAAGUUGGUUUAUUCAACUUUGUGCAGAUUUUUUGUAUUAAAAGAUUAAGAUGGCGGCAUUGUCCUUGUCCCCAUCUUGUGAGACUUUCAUCUCUCUUUCUUAACUGGCUUCAUGCUUGGCUCUGGAUUUUUUUGACUAAGCAGUCUUGAAUUAUUUAGCAUAGCUUAGCGGAUAUAAUUUGCAAAGGAAGGGAAUUGCAGUAGAGCUUACCUACAAUUUAAAUGGAAUUCAUUACUGAAGUCAUUUCCAGGAGCCAGAAAAAAGUGAAAAAGGCAGAGGCUUAGAAUAAGAAUGGGCAGCUCGAUGGGUAAAAGGCUGUGCAACAAGCUGGUGGGUAUGCAGAGAAAACGUAGCAAUCAGAGUGGGUGUGGUGCUGGAAGAUUAGAAUGCCAACCUUAGUUCUCUUCUAAGUUUCACCUAUUAGAGACUUAUUAAAGUUUCCAUAUGAUUUUACUGCAUUUUCAUGGCGUUAAAGUUUCCAUAUGAUUUUACUGCGUUUUCAUGGCAUAUGUAUUGAAACUAUAGGUUUCUUUUUGCAUAAAUGACGUAUUCUCGACUAGAGAUUGAAUAAAUUAUUGAUUAAUAGGUAGGAAAAGCAUAAUAGGAGACAACGUCGACUAUCGUUUUCGUAAUUUUUUUUAAAAUUACUUUAGUGUAUCAUUGGUGAUUGAGUUUGU